AUGGCUUCAAAUAAGGCUAUUAUCUUUGUCACCGGCGCGAGUAGUGGAAUUGGCUACGAGACUGUGCUCGAGUUGUCGAAGGAGUCCACCGACUUCCAUAUUCUUCUUGGUGCUCGAACUAUCGAAAAGGGUGACAAGGCUUUAGGGGAUAUUAACUCCGCCGCGGGCAGUUUACUCAAGGCCUCUAUCUCAGUACUUCCUAUUGAGAUUACCGAUCAAGAAUCCGUUGAUGCUGCCAAGGGCUCCAUCGAAGCACGAUACGGGAAGCUCGAUAUUUUGAUCAACAAUGCGGGUAUUGUCGUCUACCAAGAUGUUGAUAGGGUUACGGCAUUCCGACAAUCCUUUGAAACCAACGUCAUCGGUUCAAUGAGGGUUACUGAAACAUUGGAACCGUUGCUAAAGAAAUCGAGCAAGCCCUUGGUCAUAUAUGUUUCCUCUGAGCAAGGCUCCAUCUCAUUGCGGCUUAAUCCAGACCACCAAUUCCAUCGAAUUCAAGGCGAUGCUUAUCGUACUAGCAAGGCAGCCCUGAACAUGGUGGCGGCAUGCCAGCGUUAUAACUAUGCAGAUGCCGGCAUCAAAGUGGUAGCUUUUAACCCAGGCUGGUGUCUAUCGAACUUGACAGGUGAGCAGGGCCGCGAGUGGCGGAUUAAGGGAGGGGCUAGGGACCCAAAGGAGCCAGCUGUGGCGCUGGUUGAGAUUGUUAACGGGAAGAGGGACAUCGAUAUUGAAAACAAUGGCUUGGUACAUGUUGAUGGGGGAGUCCUACCGUGGUAG